AUCAAACCCACUGAACCUGGAAACCAGACAACCCACAAACUUGUAUCUAUAUAAACGCUUGAUUUCUUCUUGCUUUUUUAUCAAUUACUUCUUAAGGCCAAUACAUUUCAGAGAGAGAAACUUUUAUUCUUAGAUUUUGAGAUAAUGGAAGGUGUGGACAUGAAGAAGAAAGAGCAGAGGAUAGUGGUGGCAGUAGAUGAGAGUGAAGAGAGCAUGUAUGCUCUUUCAUGGUGUCUCAGCAACCUGGUUUCUCAUACCCCUGAUUGCAAACUUGUCCUUCUCUAUGUUAAACCACCACCUCCAGUCUACUCUUCCAUUGAUGCUCCAGGGUAUCUGUUUUCCAAUGAUUUAAUUGCAACUCUGGAGAAGUAUGGUACUGAUUUGGUUAGGUCCGUAAUGGAACGAGCAGAAGCAGUAUACAGAAACUUCAGUAUGGGCAUGGUGCAGAUAGACGUGGAGAGAGUGGUCGGUAGCGGAGAAGCUAAGGAUGUUAUAUGUAAUGCAGUGAAGCAACUUGAAGCUGACACCUUGGUCAUGGGAAGCCAUGGCUAUGGCUUCUUAAAGAGAGCUUUCCUUGGAAGUGUGAGUGAUUACUGUGCUAAGAAUGUCAAGUGUCCGGUGGUGAUCGUGAAAAAUCACGACAAGUGAAGUUUUACCAGGAUUCUGUACAAUGCAAGUAUUCUGGACGGAUGUGCAUAUAGAAGAACUUAUCUUGUGAAGCACAAUGUAAACAAUCUUGUAUAUCUGACAGGAAACAAAGCAUUGAAAUACAAAGUAAAGCAAGCUUAUUCAUCAAAA